UCCGUCUUUCUCACUCCACUUCCACUCACACAUCGUCACACAUCUCAAAAGGCUCGCCGGCUGUGGAGUCGUUCCACCUCCAGAAAAGAAAUGUCGAAACCGAAACCAAAUUUUUGGCGACUUAAAAGAAAGGCGAAAGACAAGAUAGAAUCAUCAGUGCAAAAUCCUCCCAGUCUAUCUCAGAAAACUAUAUCAAGUUUUUUUGGCUCCAAGAAAUCAUCUAACCUAGGCGUGGAUUCAAAGGAUGGAAGCCCCGAUGAUUCUGAAGAACCCCCCAAACGCAUCAAAUUGGAUGAAGAGCCAACAACAGAAGUUGUCCUGAAGGAGAAGGCCCCUAUAAAACUAUCGGACUGCACCCUAUUAAAACUCAAGAGUUUCUCCACUUCUCCUGAAGCCUUAACAGAUUCUGAUUGUAAUGGCAAGAGAACUGCAAAGCCUCGGUCUCGGCUUAUUGGUGCUGCCUCAUCUUCCCUUUCAAGUAACUGUCUUGAGAAGAUGGAGGAAGAUAGUCCAGAUGAUGGAUUCAAAUCAAAUUGUGGAUCAAGGUCUCUCAAAAAUUCUGAAGUGGCAAGUUUAGCCAAAUUUGGCAAGGUAAAGUUCACUCCUUUGGAACAGCAAGUUGUAGACUUGAAGAAGGAACACCCAGGUGUACUUUUAUUUGUGGAGUGUGGGUAUAAAUAUAGGUUCUUUGGUGAAGAUGCAGAAAUUGCAGCUCAAGAACUAAAUAUUUAUGCUCAUCUUGAUCAUAAUUUUAUGACGGCAAGCAUUCCUGUUCAUCGCCUACAUGCACAUGUCGGCCGCCUAGUGGAAAAGGGUCAUAAAGUUGGCAUUGUGAAGCAGGUGGAGACUGCUGCCCUCAAAGCUAUGAGUGACAAUAAGAGUGCUCCAUUUACUCGCAAACUUCAACACCUUUUCACACGAGCAACUCUAAUUGGGGAAGAUGUUGAUUCUAUUGACCAACAGACUUUAAGUGAGGGAAUAUCUGCUGGUCAUAUAUUCUGCUUUUAUGAGGAAAAAAUUGAUCAGAAAGUAUCCAAUAUAGUUUUUGUCGCAGUAAAUCCUUCAACAGGGGAGUGCAGCUAUGAGCAAUUCCAGGAUAAUUCAACUCGAGAGGAGCUUCACAAGAGGCUUCAAAUUAUGAAUCCUGCAGAAAUACUAUGCCCAACUAGUCUCUCUGCAGAUAGUGAAAGAUUGGUGAAUCAUAGUAAUGCCAGAAUUGAGAGGUUGCCACCAGAUUGGUUUGAAACCACUGAUGCUUUAACUCGAGUUGUUGGUUACUUUACCAGCAAAGAUAAUGGGAAGGCAGAAUCUGCAGCUCUUGAGGAGCUGACAGAACUACCACUUGCUGUGUUGGGCUGUUUAGCAGCUGCACAGAAGCAUUUAAAUGAGUUUGGUCUUCACAGGGCUAUCAGACUGGAUGGUCUUCAAAAGUUACCAUCUGGAGAAGAUUUCCUUUACAUGGAUUCUUCAACAAUACGAAAUUUGCAAAUAUUUACCAGUGACUCUGGAACUACUCAUGGGAGUUUGUUCUGGGCUCUCAAUCAUACCAAGACAAAGUUUGGUGCCCGACUGUUACACAAAUGGUUGUCACAGCCUAUAAGGGUGAAAAAAGAUUUAGAGGAGCGACAGGAAUGUAUUGAAGAACUCCUAAGUGCAGAUCAGGCCCAUAUUACUCAGUUAAAAAAUAUUUUGGGUUGUCUGCCAGACAUUGAAAAAGGAUUGACUACAAUUUUGCAUAAUAAGUGUAGCCCCUUACAAUUCUUCACUAUUCUGGAUGCAUUAUGUGGUAUGACUUCAGACUUUUCAUCAUUAUUGGCUGUUUUAGACCAAGAUACAACAGUGCCACGUCUGUUGAAAGCCAUUCAAGACGCUAUUAGUUUACUUGAUGGUGUUCAAGCAUACAGAGAUAAUAUGGUUAUUAGCGCUGCUAAAGAUGGAGAUAAGACCAAAUUGUUGAAGGACUUUUCUGCAUUUCCUAAUGUUUUGAAGUUAAUGAGAGAGAUUGAAGAAACCAUUCAGGCCAUCGAUGCACUAAAACCAGAAAUUGCCAAGAAGCUUUCUUUGUUUUCUGUUCAGUAUUCGUGUGUAUCUGGGCAAGAAUAUCUUAUUGAAGUUAAAAAUAAUAAUUCAAGAAGUGUACCAGCCAAUUGGAGGAAAAUCAGCAGCACUAAACAAGUUGGAAGAUACAGACCUCCCGCUGUUGAUAAAUUAUUCGGUGACCUGCAACGUCUCAGGGAAAUGUUACGAGCAGAAUGCCAGCUUGCAUGGAUCGGCCUGUUGCAGGAUUUCAGUCAGCAGUAUUUUAAACAUAAACAGGCGGUUUACAAAAUUGCAACUUUAGAUGUUAUUUUAUCAUUGGCACAUGUUGCCCAACAAGAAGGCUACUGCAAACCUAAACUCCUAGAAAGUGAAAGUUCUCAAAUAUCAAUUAAAAGAGGCAGGCACCCUAUUGUUCCACUUCUCUUGACCAGUGCUGGGCAAUUUGUACCUAAUGACACGCAUCUAAAUAGCUCAGGGGAAUGCUGCAUGGUCUUAUCAGGCCCAAAUAUGGGUGGAAAAUCUUGCUACAUUCGCCAAGUUGCUUUAAUUGCAUUACUAGCUCAUGUUGGUUCUUUUGUACCUGCUGAGUGUGCAGAAAUUUCACUGCUGGACUCAAUUUUUACCCGUAUGGGUGCACGUGAUGAAUUAUUCAAUGGCCGAAGUACUUUAAUGGUUGAGUUAGAUGAGACAGCAGCAAUUCUGCGUAAAGUAUCUAAACAUUCUCUUGUUUUACUUGAUGAGCUGGGCCGUGGAACAGGAUCAUGUGAUGGAUCUGCUAUUGCAUGUGCUACUUUACGUCAUAUUGCUCUGGAGGUUCAGUGUCUCUCCUUAUUUGUUACCCACUACCCUUCAGUCAUGGAUACUGCAAAUGAGUUGGAGGGAAAGGCCUCAAAUUAUCACAUGGCUUUUGUCCUGCAUGAUCAGGAUGAAGCCGAAUUUCUCACCUUUUUAUACGAGGUAGUUAGAGGAGCUGCUGAUCGUAGUUAUGGAAUCAAUGUGGCUCGUUUAGCCAAUUUAGACAAACGUUUGCUCAUUAGAGCAGCUUCAGUUGCAGCUGAUUUAGAGAAACAGGCAAGAAAUCGGAGAGAAAUAAGACUUUCCUUCAUGGGAAUGUGGCAGAAAUAACCACCAGGACAACACCUUGGUGUUGUUUCCUUUAAAGGAAAUUUUUCAGUAUUAAACCUGUACUGUGGUAAUAAGUUUCAAUUUCAGAGUAUGUUGAAAUGAAAUUGAUUAUCAGCCAUUCCAAAUUAAAAUUUUGUUUGUCUCCUUCUAAAGGAUAAUCAACAAGACUCUUGAGAUUUGUGGUAACAUCUGAGCAUUGCAUGUUCAUAUAUUUAUUGUUAAUCAUCAUCAAUUUUUAAUGUAUAUGUCUACCUUACUCCAUGAAUCAUUUUUAUUUUGUUGUUUGCCAAUAGAAGUUUCCUGGUACUGAAUAGGUGAAGGGUUCAUGAAGCCAGGUAGACAUUCUCUUGUACGAUAAAAUAAAUCUUGUAUAUUUAUUCCAA